AUGGGGUGCUGGGUGGUGGCCCCCUCGCCGGCCUCCGGUAGCACACCAGUCAAGGUGGACUCUGCUCUCCAGUUUGUGCCGAAAAACACCAGUCCCAAGGAGUUCAGACAACUGCAGAAACAGAUCAAGGAGAACCGCCGGGCGGGCGAGGUCAGCGCCGGACCGCAGUCCCACCUCCUGGAGGGCGCGACCGGGUCAGAGGUCAGCCAGCGGCAGGACGACGCCCGGUCACACGCCGGCGACCAGGUGGUGCUGGUCGGAGCCGCCUCCAGAGGGAUCAUCCAGCGUAGCCACCAGCACCACGCCGCCGUGUACCAGGCGCCGUACGCCGCCAAUCCCUUCGACGGGGUCACAGACGAAGAACUGGAGGAGUACCGCCAGACGGUGGAGCGGAAGAGUCGGGAACAGAGCGCCGAAGCUGAGACAGCCUCGCAGUCUGCAUCUGAUCUGAAUCGCCGACCGACCGAUCACUGCCACCCGGCACAGCUCCUUGAGCCGCAGCCCGGGCCCGCUGAGCCGCCACAGCCGCAACAGUUUGAGCCGCCGCCUCAGCAGCAGUUUGAGCCGCCGCACCCGCAGCAGUUUGAGCCGCAGCCUCAGCAGCAGUUUGAGCCGCAGCCUCAGCAGCAGUUUGAGCCGCGUCCGGUGCGCCAGCGGGGCCCGGAACACGCCGAGCGAGUGCUGCUCACCAGUGACGGAGAGGAGGCGGAGCUGAGCAGCGGCUCGGCGCCACCAGUGCCGCCCCCGAGGAGCUCCCGCGGCCACCGCGGCUCGGACCGGCGCGGCCCACGCACCAUGCCGGCCCCUCUGUCGGCCACUGGCAAACGAGGAGUUCGCGUGUCCGCCCUCUGAUGGCGCCCCAGUCGCGGCAGACCGGUAAUAUCAGCUGGCAGACCUCCAGCCGUGCCAUGAGACAGUCGAGCAGUGCACUAAGUGGUGUUAGAGUGAGUGUGCGAGGGUCGAGGAUGCAGGUUUUAGGUGUUGGUUGAAUAUCGAGUGGUGAAAUUGAAAUCUACACAGCUGAGAGUCAUUUUCGCAGUCCGUAUUUCGAAAAGUUGCAUUGCAAAAUGUGAGGCUUGGCCGAUAUCAAUAUAGACCACAAGGACGUGCCAAGGAGUGCAAUGUUAUUUGCUAGUUAUUCAUCAGUUCAUAGUUGACUUCCUUGGUUUCACGGAAAUUUCCAUUACUUUGCUUGUCUGGUGUGAGCGGUCGUUAUAAGUCAAGCGUGCUAACUUUUUUAUUUUGUCCUAAUGGAUAAAUGGGUGGCUAAUUAGCUAUGGGCCCAGGUGCCCCCUAAGCAGUGCUUGUUGCGAAUGACACCACGAACCCACCACCCCACCUUAUGGCCUGCUGUUAAGAUUAAAUUAUCGGCGAAAAUGAAUAAUUGUAGCUAGAAUUUCAAUCCCUUUAUCUGCGGCUAUGGUGCUCAUUAUUGACGAAAAACCCUACGUUUCCCUGCCACGCUGAUCGGUUAAACCGUAAUUCACUCACGGGCAUUGCCAACAGUUCCAUAGGCGUAUAUUCAUUAGCCAACAACAAAUAAAUAUUCGAAAUGUAACAGGCUGACCUUUUCCGUAAUCGAUCGAUACGUUUCAGCAUUUCGUACCAAACAGUGCCAAACUUGACGUAUUGAAACGACCAGUGCCAUUUUAAUUGCAUUCUUAGUGCCAUUGGUGCAAUAACGCAACGUUUAGCCUUAGUUCAUGCCAUAUAGUUAUGUAACUAUAACGCUAUACGUUUGCGCAGUACUGUUAAUCAGGUAGCACUGUUUUGCUUUCCGUCCUGACUUCCCUCCUUGCGCUUUUCAAGUUUGCGGAAUUCUCAAUAAUAAUUCAUGCUCCUGAAAAUUGGGCACCGUAGCCGGCAUUUAAAAUUGUGUUACUUUUGAGACCACUUCCUUCUCUCCUACCUCCGGAUUUUUCUUUCCAAACUUAUUUUGUUGCUAGUGUAGUGUGCUUGGUAGAGUGUGUUAGCCGAGGGUGUGGUUGCAUGCUGAGUUAUAGUCGAAGUGUGGCCACAUGAGUCCCUAAUCCUAUGUGGGCACCGGCACAGCUGUGCGGUUUAUGUCCGUAAACCUCUGCUGUGAGCGAGAUGCCUGCUAACAGAGAGCCCCACUGGCACUACCAGUGUCUAGUACGGCUGACUAGAUCUGAUUAUGCGGUGCUGGUUAGGUUAGAGUCCCCUCUUGCCGCCAUUAGAGGAGUGUAAAUAUACGCGUCACCGUCCAA